AUGGAGCCGAUCCAGCCGGUGAACACCACUAAUGACAGUUUUAUCACUGCUGCAUCCACGCUGGAUGUGAUCACAGAGAGUCUCGCCUAUCAGAUAAGUCUGGCGGUGAUUCUUUCUAUCAUCACCCUCGCCACAACUUUAUCCAACGCGUUCGUCAUCGCAACAAUCUCCCAGUCGAAGAAGCUGCAAACUCCCGCCAACUUCCUGAUCGCGUCUCUGGCCAUCACGGACCUGCUGGUGUCCAUCCUGGUGAUGCCGAUCUGCGUCCUGUACACCGUCACCCACACCUGGACUCUGGGUCAGGUCGUGUGCGACAUCUGGCUCUCCUCGGACAUAACGUGCUGCACUGCGUCCAUCCUCCAUCUGUGCGUAAUCGCUCUGGAUAGGUACUGGGCUAUCACGGACGCGGUGGAGUACUCCAAAAAGCGCACGCCAGGGCGCGCGGCGGGUAUGGUGUCAACAGCCUGGGUCAUCGCCAUCUCCAUCUCCCUGCCGCCGCUCUUCUGGAGGCAGGUGAAGGCGGACGAGCUGACCAGCUGCAGCGUCAACACGGAUCAUAUCUUCUACACCAUCUACUCCACCUUCGGGGCUUUCUACAUCCCCACCCUGCUGCUGAUAGUCCUCUACGGACGGAUUUACGUCGAGGCGCGGAAGCGGAUCCUGAAGCAGUCCCCCAAAAAAGUAGGGAAGAGACUCACUUCUGCGCACCUGGUCACCAACUCCCCUGGAUCCGUGACCUCUACGACCUCCCUGCAGUGCGGGAGACACGACCCUCCGUCCAGUGACACUGGAUCCUCCACGAGCGACAACCAGGUGAAGGUGACGGUGUCCGACGCGCUUUUGGAGAAAAAGCGCAUCUCAGCAGCCAGGGAGAGAAAAGCGACGAAGACUUUGGGGAUAAUCCUCGGCGCGUACAUCGUCUGCUGGCUGCCGUUUUUUAUUUACACUCUGGUGGUGGCCACAUGUGACACGUGCUUUAACCCUGACUUAUUUGACUUUUUCACUUGGUUGGGAUACCUGAACUCCCUCAUCAACCCCAUCAUUUACACCAUGUCCAACGAGGACUUCAAGAAGGCUUUCCAUAAACUUGUGCGCCUCAGAUGCUGCAGGUCAUGA